AAAGCAAAUGGACUUUCCAAAAAGUCCGUGUAUAUAAUCCUACUUUUCAUUGUGUGGCAAAUUUAUGAGCCAAUUGUUGAUGAACUAGCGCGUUAGGGGCAUCCGCACGGAUGGUGCACUUUCGGGGGAUACACCUUUGUCCACACAUAAGUACAUCCGCCUUAUUAAGUAAAUGCACAUGUUUCGUCGCAUGCGUGCAGGUUACUUAGGGCCUCCCGCAUAUCGGUUAUUACCGUCCGGUCUAUGGCGCCACCCUAAAUGAACACCCCAAAAAUAUCACACAGACAUAUGCACGCCUAAACAUGAACGACCACAUCAAAGUCUUUCUGCGUAUUAAACCUAACGUGGAAAAUCUGUCCAAGUUAAAAACCGAAGACUGUGCCAUAUACAAAGUUAACAAUAACCAGUUGCACUUGUUUGAAAAAAAAAAAAGUUACAAUGAUACCAGUGAGCUAAAAACGAGGACGUUCAACUUCAAUCACAUUUUCGAUGUAGACGUUCAGCAGAGUCAUGUAUUUGAGCUGAUCGGGAAGAAUCUCAUAAACAACUUCAUCAACGGGUAUAACAGCUCCAUCCUGGCAUAUGGAAACACAAACAGUGGGAAGACGUACACCCUCUAUGGGGACGGGACUGACUCAGAGAACAGGCAACACCACGGGCUCAUUUACUUAUCCCUCAGCUACUUUUUCCACUUGCAAAAAAGCACUGAAAUUUCAGUGUCCAUCGUAGAGAUAUACCUCGAAAAAAUCAGGGACUUGGGAAAGAUAUUCCAACUGUCGCAGUUGCCCACGACCACCGAUGACACCAUCAAGUAUUACUCACAGUUUCGUGAUAACCUAAUUAGAGAAGAUGAAAAGGGGAAUACGUACGUAGAAAACAUCACUCUGCUGCCCAUAAAGAACGUUGACGAUGUGAAGAACAUUAUAAACCUAUGCUUCAAGUACAGGAAAACGCACGCCACCAGAAAAAAUUUGGUAUCCUCCAGAUCUCAUUGUCUACUAACAGUUUACCAGCACCGACUCGCCAAAGAAAAGGAAUUCAUUUCGCAGAUAAACUACAUCGAUUUGGCUGGAUCAGAAAAAUUUAACGACAUAGAGAUGAUUAACAAGAAGGAACUCAUAAACAUCAACAACACCUUGUCCGUCCUGAACCGAGUGAUAAUUGCGCUAAGCACCCAAAAUAAAAUCGGGAAAAAUCCCGACAAAGCCAAAACAACGGAUGAAUUAAAAAGUGAAGCCUGCAGUGUUCCUACUGUGCACAUUCCGUAUAGGGACUCCAAGUUGACGAGAUUACUGAAAAACAGCCUCAACGGGAACUCCUUCACAUAUAUCCUGAUAUGCCUAAACCUGAACAGCCACAAAAUAGAAGACUUUAUAAACAGCUUAAUAUUCGCAAAGAGGUGCAAAAUGAUUAAACAGAAAAUAAAAAAAAAUAAAGUAGCCAAAUAUUCAUCCCAGUCGGACAGCUCAGGAAGUAACUCCCCUUCCGACGAAAACUCCUACGAAAGUUUCGAUUCAAAAGGUGAAAAUUAUCAUUUCUUAGCUCAACAAAAUAAAGAAAGUGACCUCCACCAUUUGGACACACUUGCUUACAACAAAAGAAGGAACAAAAACAGAGCACCAAAUAACAGAAGUGACGCAAUGAUUAACAAACUGCUAGUCCUGUUCACUCACAUCAUUAAAAAGAAAUACAAUGACUUAGUUAAACAGAAAAAUUCUGUAGCAAACAAUUUAAUUAAAAUUAUAAAGUUUGAGGAAAACAACCAGGAAGAGUUGCUCAGAAAUAAAAAUUAUUUCAAAAAAAUUUUGAAAAAAAAAAAAAAAGAAUUACUCAUAAACAAGGAGCAUUUAAAUCGUCUUAUUCAUGCAAAGGGAGUUAAAGCGAUAAACCUGAGAAAGUAUUUUCAGGGUGAAGUUCGUGCACACAAACAUGUGGUACCGGAUAUAAAAGGUCAGCUCAGUUUAAAUCUUCCCGAUGGGUUACAUUCCAUGGACAUUCAGGGCGGGGAGGAAUAUACUUCCAUCUCUCUCCAAAAGGAAAAACAAAAUUUUGUGAACCAAGGGGGGAGUACCACCCCCGUUUUGCAUGGUGACGUGCGACAAAGUGGUCCAAAAGAUAUUAGUCCAAAUGAAGACAUGGCUACACUCGACAUGGAUACGCCCCCCGUACCCUUUGCCGCGUCAACUGCUUCCAUUGCUUCACCCCCCGAUGAUGACCCAACCAACGGCACAAAUGACAUAAAACGAACACACGCAGACAUCGAUGAGCUAUUCCAAAUGGAGUUAAAUAAAUUGAGUGAAAAAAUAAAAAUGCUAAUCCAAUUAAAUUUUCAGAACAUCUCCCUAUUUACAAACAUUAACACGUUAGCAACUAUUCUUCAAAAUGUGUACCAGAAAAAAUACAGCGUCGUGCUGAGGAACGGGAAAAAAACGCUCAACAUUACAAAUUACAAUUAUGAUGAAUUUAAAAAAUCGUGCGAGUUUUCCUCCCCACCAGAGUUAGAGUUGGGUGAUCAGACGGGUGAGGACGAUGCGCGUUUAAAAGGGCUCGAUCUGGACAUAGUUUCCCUGUAUCGAAAGAUAAACGGAAAAAAAGUUACACACGGGCAGGUAGACAGCUAG